CUGUAACUGCAAACCCAAAAUGAAAAAUGGUCCGCCAGAUCACAGGACCCAACCCUUAAUCAACGGUCAAGAUUCAACUUUUACAUUUACUAAUUUUAAUAUAAUAUAUUUGUAUUUCUUUAAUUGAUCAACAGAACAAAAUACAGAGAAAUCUGAAUUUUUUUUCCUCAUUGGGUUUCUUCUCCGGCCGUUUGGAAAUCCAAAAAUGGCAUCUUGGAAUUCAUUUCCACUCGAAAUCACAUACGAAGUAGUGGGCUGGAUUGCCUUCUUCUCUUGGUCCAUCAGUUUCUAUCCCCAAGUCAUCUUGAAUUUCCGUCGAAAAAGCGUUGUGGGGUUGAACUUUGAUUUUGUUGUACUAAACUUGACAAAGCACUCCUCCUAUCUCAUUUACAACGCCACCCUUUACUUUAGCUCAGCUGUUCAAAAUCAGUAUUUUCAGAAGUAUGGCUUCAAUGAGAUGAUACCAGUUGCUGCAAAUGAUGUUGCUUUUUCAUCACAUGCUGUUUUGUUGACAGCAAUUACCUUAGUACAAAUUGCAAUCUAUGAACGUGGAGGUCAGACUGUCUCUAAGAUUAGUCUUGGGAUUGUCUCUAUUGUUUGGUUAGCUGCUGGAGUUUGUUUUUUCAUUGCUUUGCCAAACCAUUCCUGGCUUUGGUUGAUUAACAUUUUUAACUCAAUUCAAGUCUUUAUGACAGUCAUCAAAUAUAUUCCUCAGGCAUUCAUGAACUUCAACAGGAAGAGCACAGAUGGAUUUAGUAUUGGCAAUAUUUUACUAGAUUUUUCAGGAGGUGUUGCAAACUAUGCUCAGAUGGCUAUACAAUCCAUAGACCAAAAUUCUUGGGUGAACUUUUAUGGAAAUAUAGGGAAGACACUACUAUCUUUGAUAUCUGUAUUCUUUGAUAUUCUAUUCAUGUGUCAACAUUUCCUGCUCUAUCCUGAUCAGAGACCAGUACUGAUCCCUUCCAAAAUCACCAAGGAGAAAGAGCCACUUGUUAAGGCAAAAGAUUCUGAAGAAAAUGUAUGAAGAAGCUCAAAGGACAUGAAAACACUCUGAUUCCCUUGUAAAAAUCAAUCCAACUCCUUAGGAUUUGCUCUCACUUUUUAUAUAUAUUGAAGCUUUGGAAGUUUGAAAGUUAAAGAAAAGUAUCAAUAUUUUAUACGUAUUUAUUUAGUAGGUAUAUUAAUUUGAAGCAAUUCAGGUGUUGCUGACAUACAUUUUUUCUGUAAAUCUCUAAACAGAGUUAUGAAUUAAAACUAAAAUGAGAGUUAGAGUUA